CGACAUAAAUUAAUCAAUUCGAGGAAAAGAGAUUCUGAGAAUUUGUAGUUUUCUGAUUUUUAAUUAUAUAGCUGUGUUUUGCUUCUACUGUGAAAGUCGCACUCAAAGUCGUCACAUAAUUACAUUGGACUUUGUUGUUUGUUUGGACUUUGGAGUUUUCACACAACCGAAAAAGGUUGUCUUUUUAUGAGUACUAUUUUCAUCAUAUUCCGCAGCCAAUAUUACAGAAUAGGGAAAAGGGCCUUUUAAAAGAGGUGUUUGAUGAGAAAAGGGGGCUAUGUAGAUUUGAUUGAGAGAGAGAUUUUAUUUUCAUGCCACUUUACUAUUUUGCUGAAAUAGUCAAAAACCUAAAAUCUUCAACUUCAUUAGAAAGAUUAAGGUUUUUGAGAGAGAGAGUUUGUUGUUGUCAUCUACCAACCUCGUUUAGGUGUUGUUAAAUUUUCUGGGGUUUUGGUUGGUGAAUAAGUCCAUGUAUUGAGUAGCCAAAUUCAAUAGAAUUUUGGUGGAUUGUAAUAACUAUUUACAGCUCAUGAACUCAUUUAUGGAGGAUGGCUUCUGCACGUACGCUCAACUAGAAAGAUGAGAGAGAAGUUUAUUUGAAAGACUAGUAGUACUAUACAGUAGUCGUUUGGAGUAGUGAAUUCUAUCUUCCAUCCUCUUAGAUAGAUGAACAGCUUUUGGGGAUUUCCUAGUAAAAGUAGAAGCUUUGUGAGUGAGGCUAGUGGUGGAGAGAAAAUGGUUGCUGAUGCCUCCUUUUCUUCAUACAAUAAUAUUAUGUCAACUGCUACAAAUGCUAUGUCUCUCCAAUCAUCUUAUUCUCAACCUUUGUUUACCACUCCUCCCCUCUCUAUUGCCAUUCCCAAGAUGGAGAAUCUUGGGGAGAUGGGCUUGUUAAGGGGAAGUCACAAUAGUAGUUUGAUCGGUCGAUUGAGGGAGGAUGAGCUCGAGAGCGAAGGUGGAUCGGGAGAUGAGGACAAUGCCACUCAUAGUAAAUCAUCGAAAAAGAAAAAAUACCAUAGGCACACUCCAUUCCAAAUUCAAGAGCUCGAAGCUUCUUUCAAGGAUAAUCCGCAUCCGGACGAGAAGUCGAGAUUAGAACUUGGGAAGAGGCUAAGCUUGGAUGCUAAGCAGGUCAAAUUUUGGUUUCAGAAUAGAAGAACUCAAAUGAAGACUCAAUUAGAGCGCCACGAGAAUUCGAUUCUGAAGCACGAGAACGACAAGCUCCGGAUCGAGAACAUUGCCAUGAGAGAAGCCAUGAGGAACCCAAUGUGUGAGAAUUGUGGCAGUCCAGCCAUUCUCGGAGACGUGCCUAUUGAGCAGCAGCAUCUUAUGAUUGAGAAUGCGAGGCUGAAGGACGAACUCGCUAGACUACACCACCUAGGAGGCAAAUUCUUGGGCAGGAGUAAUGGUUCCAUGCCACCAUUACCGAGCAACUCGAGUUUGGAUCUCUCGGUCGGAAGAAAUGGAUUUAGUGGGCUGAACUCUUUGGAUCAUGGGAUUCCUUUGGGACUUGAUUUUGGCAACAGGAUGUCAAAUUCUUUUCCUGCUAUGCCACCAAAUGGGAACAUGAUCAACUUUAGCAAUAAAUCGUUGUUUCUAGAGCUCGCGAUGGCGGGAGUUGAUGAGCUGAUAAAGUUAGCCCAGCUCGAUAGCCCUCUUUGGUUUCGGAGUUUGGAGGGAGAUGGAGAAUCUUUGAAUCUUGAGGAGUAUGCAAAGAUAUUUUCUCCUUGCAUCGGUGUAAAGCCUAGUGAUUUUGCAACUGAAGCGACACGAGCUACUUGUAACGUUAUGAUCAACAGCACGCAACUCGUUGAGGCGUUGAUGGACACGAAGCAAUGGACAGAAUUGUUCCCAUGGAACAUCGGGAGUGCCUCGAUUCUUGACAUAAUUUCUCCCGGGAUAGCCGGAAGUAAAAACGGAAUGCUGCAACUGAUGCAAGCCGAGUUCCAAAUUCCUUCGCCUCUGGUUCCUAUCCGUCCAGUGAAGUUCGUCCGUUUCUGCAAGCAGCAUGGAGAGGACUCGUGGGCUGUGGCUGACGUCUCUAUCGAUACAUUACUACAUGGAAAUGUCCACGUCAGUUGCCGCAGGCUCCCUUCAGGUUGCAUCGUACGAGAUAUGGCGAAUGGCUAUUCGAAGGUUACGUGGAUUGAGCACACUGAAUAUGACGAGAGCGUUGCGCAUCCUCUGUACCGGCCAUUACUCAGGUCCGGAAUCGCCUUUGGCGCGCAGAAGUGGUCAUCCAAUAUGCGUAGGCAAUGUGAACUAUAUGCUUCCCUUGCAUCGUCUGCUGCCUUUGGUGUCGAUCAUUCAGCACUUUCGCCUAGUGGCAAAAGGAGUAUCAUGAAACUGGCUCAACGAAUGACUCGUGGAUUCUGUUCCGGGAUUUGUUCGACUGUAGACGAGUGGGAGCUGGUCCAGGACGCCGACAACACCAAGCUCAUGACAAGGAAGAGCUCUGGCAACAGCGGUGCGCCACCUGGCGUGAUCCUGAGUGCCUCGACGACCGUGUGGAUGCCCUUGUCGCCUCAGCAUUUGCUCGACUUCUUACAGGAUGAGAAAACCAGGAGCCACUGGGACGUCCUGUCGCAAGACGGCCCGAUGCAAUCCAUGCUUCGUUUCUCCAAGGGCCGGGAACUCGACAACAACAUCAGCCUUCUCCGAGCAAGCGCUGACGCGAACCAGAGCGACGUGCUGAUCUUGCAAGAAACGUGCGGGGAUGCGUUGGGAGCCGUGGUGGUUCAUGCUGCGGUUCCAGCUGCGGAAAUGGACGUGGUAAUGAACGGCGGGGACUCUCAUGCAGUGCCCGUCCUGCCGUCCGGAUUUGCGAUAUUUCCGGAUUGUUUCCCGGAGGGCGGUGGCAACAAGGGGGGAGGAUCGUUGUUGAGCAUCGGGUUCCAGAUACUGGUGAGCAACCUGCCGGAGGCGCGGCUAACGGUGGAGUCAGUGAACACGGUGAAGUCGCUCAUUGGUCGGACGCACCGGGGUAUAAAAGGCGGGCUCGGGUGCAACUGAUUUGGUGGGCAGGAAUGUGAUCAGUUUGAGUCAAGAACGAACCUUUUGGUGAAGAUUUUGUGGUUCGGGUAUUGACUCAACAGCUUGUGUUUGUGUGUUUUUUGUUUGGCUUUCAGUUUAUUUUCUCACAAUUUAGCUAACUCUGUGUCUAUCAUAAAUUUGUGCAUAUUACUAUGAAUUAUCUGUGUUUCAUUAAACUUGAAAUCACUUGUUUGAUUGAGUUGAAUGUGAUAUUAUCAUGAGAUAUAAGUGUGA